GCCUGUCAGUUUUAUCAAAAUACACAGCAAACAGCAAGCAAAUUUCCAAUCUGCACCUCCCAAAAUAAUUGCUCCUGUGUCCCACCGUGUGCUUGUUCGCGUGACUCAUUUACCGUUACCGUUGGCUUGCUUGUUUCCGACGCUCCACGCGACCCACCGGUAAAAGGGACCGCCGCCAGGUUGCGUCCCCCGGAAACGCUCGCGUUACGCCCACCACCAGCAGCCCGGGAGUUCGGUCCGGGACGAAGGCCCCCGCCAAGUGGUUGCCCCCCAGUGUGGUCCCAGCGCUGCGUACGUAGGUUGAGCGUACGCGACAGAACCCAGCGGCCAAGAUUGAGCCCGACGGAGCAGCUGCCAGGAUGUCGGGUGAUCAGAAAACCCUCAUCAAGGGCAAUCCGUCCCAGUACGUGAAGCUGAACAUUGGCGGCUGCCUGCACUACACCACGAUCGGGACGCUCUGCAAGCAGGACACGAUGCUGCGUGCCAUGUUCAGUGGGCGGCUGGAGGUGCUCACCGACUCGGAAGGUUGGAUUCUGAUCGAUCGCUGCGGUACACACUUUGGCACGAUACUGAACUUCCUGCGGGACGGUAGCGUGGCGCUGCCGGAAACGACCAAAGGCAUCGCGGAGCUGCUGGCCGAAUCGAAGUACUACUGCAUCGAGGAGCUGAUCGAGGCGUGCGAGAAGGUGCUGGCGAAGAAGGAGCGCGAAUCGGAACCGAUCUGCCGGGUGCCGCUGAUUACGUCGCAAAAGGAGGAACAGUAUCUGAUCAGCACGGCCACCAAGCCGGUAGUGAAGCUGCUGAUCAACCGGCACAACAACAAGUACUCGUACACGAACACGUCCGACGACAAUCUGCUGAAGAACAUUGAGCUGUUCGAUAAGCUUUCGUUGCGCUUCAGUGGGCGCGUGUUCUUCAUCAAGGAUGUGAUCGGUUCGAGCGAGAUCUGCUGCUGGUCGUUCUACGGCAACGGCAAGAAGGUGGCGGAAGUGUGCUGCACCUCGAUCGUGUACGCCACGGACAAGAAGCACACGAAGGUGGAGUUCCCGGAGGCGAGGAUCUUCGAGGAAACGCUUAACAUACUGCUGUACGAGAACAAGAACGCCCCGGACCAGGAGCUGAUGCAGGCGACGUCGCUGCGCGGUGCGGUCGGCGGCAUCAGCUCGUACACAAGCGACGAGGAGGAGGAGCGGACCGGGCUGGCCAGGUUACGGUCGAACAAGCAGAACAAUCCUACAUGAUUCACACAUCAGCUAGUGCUGAAGCGGAAGCUGUUGCCAAAGAGGAACUGAACCGUUUGCCCCCGGGCCCCCCCCCGCUCACGUCUAAACCAACUCGAGGGCCGUGUGUGCUUGUGAGCAAUGACGCAAAAUGAACAAAAUGGAAAUAGCUAUGAGAGAAACAAGUUAAAAUUAAGAACGCGUUCACCUCCCUCCUUUCUGGAGGGUCAAUCCUAAACCGAAUCGUAUAAAUAUUAACUUCUCUUCCCCCCUCUCCAGUCUGGGAGCAAUCCUGCGCUAACACCAAAGGAAGAUUGAGCAAUGGAUUGAACAUUACGGUGGGGAGAGCCUUUACGCUCCGUGGAAAAAGUAAAAAAAAAACACGGUAAUUCAAUUUUACAAUUAAUUCAACUCACUCAGAACUGGAUUGUAGCGAAAGAAGCAUAAAGUGGCAGAAAAAAAAGGCAUAACUCUAUACACACAUACACAAUAUCUCCAUGAAGCUCUAAAGGCAUUAACUUUAAAACCACGCAUAGU